CGACGGAGGACUUGUUGUAGGUUAUAGGAAAGUUGUUAAAGUAAUCGAUCUGUUGCCUCUGGUUUUUUGACUUAUUAGAGUUCCCAAACGAAAAGCUGACAAUUUGUGAGAAUUAACUAGUCUAAUCAAAGGGACGAGAACAUGUCACUUGUGAGGAGAGGCCAGCACUGGGCAACAUUCGCCCAAAUCUGGCACCUAUACGACGCCAAAUGGCAAGAUCCAUACAAAAGUGCUGUUCUGCUAACGAAAUACCUCAAGGGUCUCCACAAACCCAUCUACCACCCCAUGAACAACUGUGGGGAUCACGUAGUCGUCAUCAACAGUCGGGACAUUGCGUUGAGAGGUGACGAAUGGUCGAAGAGAGUUUAUUUUCAUCACAACACCUACCACAGCGGCGAUACAUGGACCCUGGCCUGGGAGCUACACAAGAAAAACAAAACCAUGAUCAUGCAGAAGGCCGUUUACCACGCCAUGAGAGGCAAUCUCCAGAGACGACACACCAUGCAGCGUCUCCACAUCUACGAGGACGAGAAUGUCCCUGAGGAGAUUCUUCAAAAUGUCUCCAGUCAGAUUCGACAACUUAGAUCCCAGCCAGUUAGACUCGAUCAUAUUUCUCCUGAGGAGAUCGAGAAUUUCCCACGUGUUAUGAAAUAUCCCGAAAAUUACAUACUUCGAUAAAUAAAAUAUCGAUUCACUGUAUCCUACUUUUAUUUCCAUCUAUAAUAAAGUAAAGAAUAGAUUUGAGAUAAA